CUGCUCCUCAUUUUGCAACUACAUCCAGUCCCCAUUCUCUCCCACACCAUCCCUGCCUCUGAAAGACAAGAUCUUUUUCUCCCUACUCUCGUCGCCCAACACUCCCUCUCCCAUCUUUCCUGUGGCGCCACCACUCCUCAGAAAGCCCAAUGACAGUGAUGGCUUAUGAGUAAUAAAGUAAGGGGUUGUGCUGUUGAAUAUCAAAUUCUCAAUGGAAGAAGAAGAGCCUAAAUCACAGAGCUUGAAAGAAGAAGACAAUGAACCACAGAGCUUUAAAGAAGAGCCUAAAUCACAGAGUUUGAAAGAAGAGCCUAAAUCACAGAGCUUGGAAGAAGAAGAUGCUAAAUCACAGAGCUUGAAAGAAGACCUUCAAUCACUGAGCUUAGAAGGUCGAGAUGGUAUUGCAUUCCCUGGAUUCAAUGAAAAUUCGUUGCAGUUCCUGGAUUCAAUAGACGGGUAUUUAACCCUAUUGGAUUCACUGUCUUGGACACUCCGACAGGGGUGGCUGCAAUUAGCAAGUGCUCGACAUUCAAUGGGUGAGUCACGUGUGAGCAGUGCUGUGUUGGACCUGAAAUCCCACCCAGCAAGCACAUUUUUGGAAGUAACCCAGCAAUCCAAUCCAGGAGUUGGGCAAAUUCAUCAUUUUACAUUGCACAAAUGGGCAUCCUUUGACAAUGACAAUGAAGCUCCACUUAUGGAUACAAGUCCACAGAUACGACAACGAAAGGAUAAGGAUGGAACUCCACCUCCAGUUAAAGCUGAAGCUGAUCACCAGCAUCAACUUCAAAAGGAGCGGUCUAAGUCACUGUUGGUGUUUGGUGGUUUGGUUUCGCCAAAGCUACGGGCAGCACAACUCUCAUUCGAAUCUGCACUUGAUGCCCUUGUAGAGAUUGCCAACAUGCGGUCUUUGAUGCUUUCCACUUUCCAUAAGGUCAGGGAAGAAGUGGAGGCUGCCAAAGCCAAAUGACGGAUGCUAUUUCCAUGGCACGAUAGACGACGUAUUUUUACACCAAUAGAGUAUGAGCACCACCUGCGUAUUUCAAUCCAUCAACUUUUAUUUCCAUUCUAUUUUGCUAUAGUUGCCUGAUUUUGAUCUUUACUACAGUUUAAGUGUAUUCUAUCAUGGUUAUCCAGUUAAGUUUGUGUCGGAUUUGGAGUAGUUAACUAAAGCCCUUAAUUUUCUUUCAUUCA